GAUCAGAUACAAUUCAUUUUGCAUCAUAUCUGGUUUCAGGUUUUGUAAAACCAUUAGCUCGGGCCCCGUAUAAAAUGAUUAGAAUUCUACAUAACAAGGUCCAGCUUUCAUGUUGUUGAGAACAAGUCAUCAGCUGUUUUAAUUUGAUUCUGAUCACCACCAUGUAUCAGUUACUGCCUCAAUUCAAUGCCCCUCAGGAUUCUAAUCUUCCCAUCUCUGAGAUCUCAUCUGAUCCAGCUACAACUAUUCCAUCUGAAUGCGUCAGGGAAGCAGUGUUUGCAGGAGGUAGCUUUUGGGGUCUUGAAGCUGGUUUUGGGCGUGUAGAUGGAGUCAUAAAAACCGCCACUGGCUACUGUGGAGGAACCCUGAAAAAACCUUCAUACAGAGAGGUUUGUGAAGGGAAAACAGGCCACACUGAAGCUGUAAAAGUCAUAUAUGAUAAGAGAAAGGUCUCAUUCAGAUCACUAUGUGAUAUCUUCUGGGAAAUCCAUGAUUGCACCAACAAAGACUACCUUAAAUUUGGACUAAGUACACAUCUUAGGUCAGCAAUCUUUUACAGCAUGGAGGAAGAGAGAAAGCAAGCCCAAGAGUCAAGGAUCGGACGGCAGAUGAAAUUAAACAGGAGAAUUGUGACCAAAGCCCUCCCAAUUGAGUAUGAUUUUUGUAUGGCAGAAAACCAGCAUCAAAAAUAUUACUUGCAGAACAAUAAUAGGCUUUGCGAAAGCUUGAAUUUGAGAAGCACAGAGCAAUUUGUGGAGUCAACCAUUGCUUGCAAACUCAAUGGGAUUUUAGCCAUGGAAGCGAGGUCACGUAUUGAGAAGCUGACAGCAUUCUUGCGAACAAACGAGACGAUGGCAGAGGAAACCAAGUUAGUCUGCAAAGAAAUAAUAGAAGGUUCUAAAGGGAAAUGAAGAUGGAAAGGCUCAAAUUCUCUGAAGAUCGUUCGUCAGCAGGACCCAAGUUUAAUGUAAAUAUAUUAAAAUUUUUAAGUGUAAGAAACGGAUCAAUCAAAUCAAAACUACAAGUACUGUGGAGUUGAACUUAUAAUUGUAAUGAUACUACAUUUGCAGUUUGGUUCUGAUAAUCCAUUAUAUAUUUCAGCCUUUAUUGUUUCCGGUAUUAGACUUAAUCAGAUGGGAUUUUUCCAAAUAAAAAUUGGGAAUUAUUAAAGCUCUGGUGUAAGGCACACCGCA